CGUUGCGUCAUCAGUGCGCGACCGCAGCAUCAGAAUGCUGACAUGGCCGCGUCUAUCGAGCUGAGACUCACUUUAUGCAUCUGUCUUGUUUUUAUCCUGGGAUUUUCUUCGGUCUCCGCUCUCAUUGAGGGACUGUAUUGCGGGAUUCAAAGCUGUUAUGACGUGCUGGGAGUUUCGCGUGACGCCAGUAAAGCUGAGAUCGGACGCGCGUACCGCCAGCUGGCCCGGCGAUAUCACCCAGACAGAUAUCAGCCCGGAGAGAGCGACGACUCCCGCGAAACCGCGCAGCAAAACUUUCUGCUGGUCGCUACUGCUUACGAGACACUCAAGGAUGAAGAAUUACGUAAGGACUAUGACUACAUGCUGGACCACCCAGAGGAAUACUACAGCCACUACUACACCUACUACAGGAGAAGACUUGCUCCCAAAGUAGACGUUAGGAUAGUGAUUCUUGUAACUAUUUGUGCAAUUUCACUGUUUCAGUAUUACAGCUGGUGGAGUAGUUACACAGAAGCCAUCAACUACCUGAUGACCAUUCCCAAAUACCGCAUCCAGGCUACUGAACUGGCCAAGCAGCAAGGUCUGCUGAAUAAAACCAAAGAGAAGGGCAAGAACCGGCGCUCCAAAGAGGAGAUCCGUGAAGAGGAGGAGCAGAUUAUCAGAGACAUCAUCAAGAACAAGAUAGACAUCAAAGACCAAGAGGAGCAGGAGGAAGAAAUGAAGAUGAAAAUGGCCACAGACUCACGAUGGAAACGCUACAGGCGUUGGAUGAAGAGUGAGGGGCCUGGACGCAUCACUUUUGCUGAUGAUUGA